GUGUAAUAAAGUUUUCAAGUGAAACGAUAAAAGCUAAAACCCUAAUUUUUGUUCAGCCUUCUAGCAAACGAAAUACGUCGGAGCGGCUGCGAGUUCAACUUCAGUAUUGAAUUUUGAAGAAUGGUGAGAAUCAGUGUCCUCAAUGACGCUCUUAAGAGCAUGUACAAUGCAGAGAAGAGGGGAAAGAGGCAGGUUAUGAUCAGGCCUUCAUCUAAAGUUAUCAUCAAGUUCCUGAUUGUCAUGCAAAAGCACGGUUACAUCGGCGAGUUUGAAUAUGUUGAUGACCACAGGUCUGGUAAGAUUGUUGUUGAGCUUAAUGGAAGGCUAAACAAGUGUGGAGUUAUCAGUCCUCGUUUUGAUGUUGGUGUUAAGGAGAUUGAGGGUUGGACUGCUCGUCUACUUCCUUCCAGACAGUUUGGUUACAUUGUUCUGACUACAUCAGCGGGAAUUAUGGAUCACGAAGAAGCCAGGAGAAAGAAUGUCGGUGGCAAAGUUCUUGGCUUCUUUUACUGAAGCAGCUUCUCAAGAUCUGUCUUGGUCGGGUUGUAUUUCGCUUCUCCUUAUGUGGACUGAGCGGAAAAUUCGAUUGACCUCACUGUUAAAGUAGAAGUUUUUUUCCUUUUUCUUUUUUGACUCGGCGAUUGUUCUUUAUGUGGUUACUCAAAUGCUUAAAAGAUUUGGAGAAAUAGACAAAUUUAUUUCAGUUUUUUUAGUUCGUAAGACAUGCGAGUCAUGAAGCAGAUCCAUCUUUUUGCCGUA